UAAAAAUAUAAUGGAAUCUAGUACACCAAGCGAAGAAGGUUUAUUAGAGAGAAUAUGCAGAAGAGACAGAGAGCGUAAGAAUAUAAUUGAAAAGCGCAAAGAGGAAAAGCAACAGCUUAUUGUGGAGUCAGAACAAUUGAGUUAUUUUAAAAAUAUAUUUUAUUCGAGGUGUAAAACUAUUAAGGACUGGUUAGAUAGUACAGAAUCUGUUCCAGACUCAAAAUUAUCAAAAAUUUUUGACAAUGUACAGAGUGAAAUAAUAAUCUUAAAAACAUAUUUAUUUGAUUCAAAAAUAUUUCUUAAAGCUUACGAUCUACGAAGAGCACAAGAUACCCUUCAAAUUUUAGAAAAUGAUGCAACUCAGUUGGAAACUAAACUUAUACCGAGAAAAAAAUUUGGAUUUAAGAAUCGUAGAGUAUUUAAUACGUCGGUUCAAUCGAGCGAUGUAACGGAUGACUUGAAAGAUUUGAAGAUCGCUGAAAGUAUUGCAACAAACGGUGUUGGAAAACAGAACAAUAAACAAAUUUGUAAUAGAUAUGGCGAUAACACAUGUAUGUUAUUAGGGAAAGUUGAUGAAAAGUUAGUACUGGAUGCUGAAAAUGUGAAUAAAAAUGAUGUGCUGCUCUCUGACUUAAAAAGAUGUACGGUGCGAGUAUAUGGAACACCAAAUACGCUUCACAUGGUUAGCCUUGUACAAUGUACGGUUUUGAUUGGACCAGUGACGACAUCUGUUUUAGUGGAUAACUGCCAUGAUUCUCAAUUUGCCUUUGCAUGCCAGCAACUUAGAUUGCAUACUUCUACUAAUUGUACUAUAUAUUUGCAUAUAACAAGCAGAGCAAUAAUAGAGGAUUCUACCAAAAUCUUUGUCGCUCCUUAUAAUUGGACGUAUGAAGAUCAAAUGAAUCAUUUUAAGUUAGCGGGUUUGAAUCCCAAGAUCAAUAACUGGAAUUCUAUCGACGAUUUCAACUGGUUAACAAAGGAAAAGAUUUCUCCCAAUUGGUCUGUUCUUGAACCCGAUAAGAGAGUAAAAUCUUGGGAUUGAUAAUACUUAUACAAUAAAUAUUAUAAAUUUUAUUGUUUUAAUUUCCUCUGAGACUGGCAAAUCAAGUUAUUCAAUUAAAAAAUGAAUGAUGUAUGCAUUUUCUUUU